AUGACACAUACGAAAAAGAAUAGGAAGGAGCAGGAAGUGGAGCUGCCACCAGGCAGUAUUGCUGAAAUGCUGCAAACGGAAGAGGAUAGUUCCAUCACAGCAGGUGGCAAAGAGAGUGGUAAUACAGAGGGUGUGAACGAGGAUGGUAACACAGAGGGUGUUAACGAGAACGGUAUCACAGAGGGUGGUAACGAGGAUGGUAACACAGAGGGUGUUAACGAGAACGGUAUCACAGAGGGUGGUAACGAGGAUGGUAACACAUGGGAUGUUAACGAGAGCGGUAACACAGAGGGUGUUAACGAGAGCGGUAUCACAGAGGGUGGUAACGAGGAUGGUAACACAUGGGAUGUUAACGAGAGCGGUAACACAGAGGGUGUUAACGAGAGCGGUAUCACAGAGGGUGGUAACGAGGAUGGUAACACAUGGGAUGUUAACGAGAGCGGUAACACAGAGGGUGUUAACGAGAGCGGUAUCACAGAGGGUGGUAACGAGGAUGGUAACACAUGGGAUGUUAACGAGAGCGGUAACACAGAGGGUGUUAACGAGAGCGGUAUCACAGAGGGUGGUAACGAGGAUGGUAACACAUGGGAUGUUAACGAGAGCGGUAACACAGAGGGUGUUAACGAGAGCGGUAUCACAGAGGGUGUUAACGAGGGUGGUUUAGAGGAUGGUUAUACAAAAAAAGAUAUGCACAAGGAAUUCAUUUUUGCAUUGGAAACAUAUUUUGGAUCACUCCACUCAUGUUGUUUUGUCCAAAAAGACUUGCAUCUUCCAUUGGCCAUAAACAAGUCAAACUCAAACAAAUUGAAAGGUCUUAAUGGAGAACUGGUUGUAUCCUCAGGAACAUGA